AUGAUAGCACCUUUUCAAAUGAUAAUUUAUGUUACGAGUAGACUACGGUUCCAAAUUUUUUUGUUCUCAGAUAUUUUGGAAAAUAUAAGUGAAGGUUACGACAUUUCAAAACCAAAUGGUUUAAUCGAAAAUUCCACGUAUCAAAAGCAAAUCAAGAGAAGACUCAAAAUUUGUAUCAAACGUCACAUCGAUUUCUUGUCAGCUGGAAACAAAAUGUUAAAAACUACUCAGAUUUAUAUUUUAGUCAUGUCUGCUGCUGGAGCAAUACUAGGAGUCUGUAUAAUUUUUUUUCUAUUUUCAUUUGAGGGAUCAUUCAAAAAGCGAUAUCCUCGUUUGGUUACUUUAGUGAUUUCAACAGGUCUUACUUUUACUCAUGCUAUUACCGCAGGUCAACUCAUGGAAAAUACUCUGUCAAGACUUUACGAAAUUUUGAAAGUUAUCGAAUGGCACUGCUGGAAUCAAGAAAAUAAAAAAACCUUAAUUAUUUUCAUACAACACACUCAACAAGUAUUCCAAAUAAAAUUCUUAGACACGGUAGUAGUCAAUUACCAGCUGGGUAUUUCGAUAGCGAAAGCAGUUUAUUCCAUGAUUUCAGUUUUAAGUUCGCUUAAAAAUAUUGAAAAAUCAUAA